AUGAAAUUGUCCUACAAGGUAAUUUCUGUUCUAUUUGUCACCCAAAUACAAGCAUGGAUCCUCGACAACUCUUGCAAUGGUGAGCUUUCUGAGCAUAUACCCGGAGGCCUACGAUCAUUUUCUAACCAUCAGCCAAAUAUAGAGCACUCGGAAUAUCUUACUGGCAUUAUGCAAACAGCCUUCAGAUGGAAUAACGCCGCUCUGGAUAACCUCGAUGCACUUGCCGCAGGAGGUGAUCCAUCAGACCCGGAAUAUGCGGCACGUUUGGAUCUAUUCCAAUACAUCUUCUCGGCAGGCUUCGAUAAUGGCGAUGCCACUAGACGUCAGAUAAACCCAGACUACUCAAUCUUUCAACAAAUUCAGACCGUAUUCGAGGACAUCACAACUUUCGACAAGACGGGCGACGGUCACCCUUUGCCCCGGCCGGACGGGGAUCUUCCAGUCGACGACUUCAUUAUGUACUGCAACUUCGAUCGCUUAGAGCUUGGCGUGUCCUGCGAUGGUAAUUCAGACCCAGACACAGCCUGUGAUACAGACGUUGAUGAGGAUUUCGACUUGGAUGACGAUUACUUGACAUGCAUGAGUACAGAUAACAGUCAGGAUAGUGACGAAAACAUUAUAUUUGCCUGGGCUACUUACAGACACCCUUUAUCAAUUAGUGCGAUCCAGAUAUGCGAUUAUAUGCUGGUGGAAGAAUACUCAUCUAACUACGAGAUGGACGAUAUUUUUAACAAUAAUGCUGUCCUUGCAAGAGAUCCAAAGGGGGUUAGGGCCCUUCUACCGGAUGGAGGUGCCGAUGAUUCAGACAUAGAACUCGCGGGACUGUUUCCGCCAUGUACACUUGUCCACGAGAUGUCGCACAUCGCCUUCAGAGAACAAACUGAUGACGUUGACGAUGAUGAGUCAUAUGGUUGGGCAAGUGUAAAGAAGUUUUCUCCCUAUGGCCCGGGUGCAGUGAAUAACAUCCAUGCCGAGGGCCAAAUGAAUGCAGACAACUAUGCCUUUUUUGCCCUAGGCUCCGCAUUGAUUCAAGCUGAGGCCCCCCAGCGCGUCAACGCGGAUGGAUCACUGGAGCUCAUAUACCCCGAAGCAGAGCCUGUCACAACGCCAACGCCAACGCCAAACCCAAACCCAAAUGCUGGCAAAUUCGAAAUCCGUGAGCAUCUGGAUUAUAUAAAGAAUAGGUGGAACCAGCGGAGAUCUCAAUUCAUGGCAAGCAACUCAUCCAUGGCAUUCUCUUCCGAGGCGAUGCGACCUUCUGGCCCUGAGUCUAUGGCUCCAAAGUCCUCCUCGAGAACUUUGUCGGAAAACACUCCUAACACAGCGCCAGGGACACACGUAGAGUUGGUCUUGGCAGCCAAAAGAACCUUAUUGAUACCAGUACCACCGCUAGAAACGAGCUUAUCGUCAUCUACAAGUCAGUUGAAGCCUUCUGAGUCAGUGUCAGCAAGCCCGACUGGAAGCCAAAGUCCCUCUACAAGAGCGAUACCAAGCAGCCAUCCUAUCCCAACACCAGCCACGAAGGUAUCAUCUUCCGAGAGAAACACUAUCUACUCAUCUGCAAGUCUAGUCAAGCCUUCACCACCAUCAGAGCCAGCACCAACGACACCAGCCGAAGCUCAAACGUCCUCCUCAAGAGCGGUACCAAAUGGAAAUUCUUCCUCAACAGCAGAUAUAAGCUCGCCCCAUGCUAAGGUAACACCGACCGUUGACCCAGCUACAAGUCAAUUACCAUCUCCAUCCAUCUCCAAGUCGUCACCAACACUAAAGCCAGCAUCGGUAAAGCCAACCGUAACGUCCGCUUUCGGGGUCACUAGCUCUAGUUCCAGAGCUGUUAUUACUGCUACCACCGGUUCAUCGACGGUCACUCCCUCAACUACGGUAAUCCCAGUCACACAAUCGGGCAAGACUUCCAGCGUCAUAUAUACCUCUACUCUCACUAGUUCUGGAAGUAUUGGUCCUACUGCGGCAUGGGUGUGUACGGGUUCCUUGUGCAAUGUAGGUGGAGGAUGCAUCAUCCCAAUCUUUUGCGCGAUCUCCGGUCCUGGAGGAGGACAAGGUGGUGGUGGUGGUAUUGGGCUGAGCUGGGGUCUUUGCUGUGGCUGGGAACCUAGUAUUCCCAAUGGAAAUCUCCCUGGUGGCCCAUCCCCUGGACCUGCACCGCAGGAACAUGGUGGUGAUGACCCAUCAGACUCAGACGAACCAGAAAAAGAGACAGAAACAACGACAAAAACCACGCAUUCUACUACUUCAACAUCCAGCCAUUCUUCAACAAGUUCCGGCCAUUCAAGUUCAACUAGCUCCCAUUCUACUCCAACCUCCAGACAUUCUAGUCAGAGUUCAUGUACGCAUACCACGACAGGAAGUUCAUGUUCUGUCACCGUCACAGUGUUUACACCAACAGGCUCGAGCUUAGCUACUACAUCGACCAUCACGGGAAAAUGCACAACAACACAGGGCUGUGAAGUUACAAACACAGCAUCUACCGUCACAUCUACAGAUGAGAACACAUCAUUGUAUACCCCUACCCCCUACCGCGCGAGUGGACGCAACCGUGCCUAUAUGAGUAGCAUGUUUUCAGCAUUAUCCGUCCUCGAGGCCAAACUGGGCCCGCCAGCGUCCAACUCAGGGGCGCCCCCGAAAACAAGAUUGAAAUCUGGCACAACAGCCACAAAGUCACACAUCAGGACGACGACAUCUGCGGCCCCUAUCACCUCUUGUUCCAAGACCACCGGCAAAGCAAACCCGACGCCAUAUUGUACGUGCAAUGACGGCUGGGUAGCCGGCAUCGGUACGACUAUUGGCAAAGAUAAAUUCACAACUUACACAUGCGAGGUUGGCAAGUCAACGGUCAUUCCCGUCAGUACCGUGAAACCUACCAAUGUUCCUGGCGUAAAUGGCGUACCUGGCUGUGCUGCCAUUGCUGCAGCCCCCGGGACCUCGGCGUACUGUGACUGUGGUGGCAGGGCAGCACCGACUCUCGAGCCUACAUCUUCGGGCAUCAUGAACUGUGCUUACACCACUCUACCGACCAAGUCCUACGAUCCGGCGAUACACACAAAAACAUCCACGACAAAAUCAACCCAUACUACUCACGUACCAUACGCAACAGGUAAAUGCAACGCGCACGUUAUACAGGGCCUUGGAGGACACGACGAUGAUCCCGACGUGUACAUUGGCCUCAACCUCACAGAUGCUCACGGCGCUCUAAUCGGCAACAAAACCGCGUCACUCGACUGGGGCCAGACCCUCGUGACAGACAGUGAACUGCCCUGGACAUUCUUACUGAGGGCAGAGGCCGGAGUUAGUGAUGUGGAUUUGUGCCAAUCGCAACUGUGCGAGCAUGGGAAAGUCGAUUUUUCCUAUGGCUCGCAGGCGUGGAAUUCAAAGUCCCCGCAAUGCUCGGUGGGUGGAUGGGAUAAUGCUAACUUUGGGCAGUGGUUGAAAGGUGUGGUUCAUGGUCAGGAUUAUGUUUCUACGCGGCAGAUGGACUGUAAAUUCGAUUGUCCGGGGACAUGA